AUGGCGGCGCCCGGCGGCGGCACGGAAGGCCCGCAGGAGGCCGAGGGAUUGGUUUUGGGGCGCUUGGAGGAGGAGGCGCUGAAGCGGCGGGAGCGGCUGAAGGCGCUGAGGCAGCGAACGCUGCAGAACAAGGAGAGUGGAGAACCUGAAUCCAAAAUUCCUAGAGAAGAUGAGGAAGAGGAGCCAGUCAAGCACAGGGAGAUCAAGCUGCGGAAUUACGAUCCCGAGGAUGCAGAGCUGAAAAAGAGGAAGCUGCCCCCGGCCAAACCAGCCUCAGUGGAGGACACGGUGAAGGAGCAGCUGGAAGCUGCCAAGCCAGAGCCCAUCAUCGAUGAGGUGGAUUUGGCAAACUUGGCUCCCAGGAAACCUGACUGGGAUUUGAAGAGGGAUGUGUCCAAGAAGCUGGAAAAGCUGGAGAAGAGGACCCAGAGAGCCAUUGCAGAGCUGAUCCGAGAGCGCUUGAAGGGGCAGGAGGAGGAGCUGGCGUCGGCUGUGGGAUCAGCAAAGCAGGAGGGGAGCGACUCUGAGUGAGGAGAAUCCAUCAGGAACAGGCUCUGGAUGUGCCUCACACCCGACCCCGUGUCCCUCAGGUCCCUCCCUGGUCAGGACUGCUCAUCCCUUUUCCCAAACUUCCCGAAUCCUGCCGUGCCUGGAGGAGAGGCAGAUCCAAGGAGCCUGGCUGGCUGCUGAGGAACUUCCAUGGAAAACUCGCUGGGAUUGUGGGGGGGGGUUGAUGGGAGCAGGACAGACCCUCCCAGUCAGCUGGAAUUUCCUUGGAGCAGGGAAAAA